UAAACAAUCAUGGCUGACGUACUGGCUGAUUUGCAGUCUAAAGGCAUUUUCAAGCGAAUUCUGUUUGGAGGCACUGGUGACUUGCCACAAUUUAAAGAUGGAACAAAAUUGUACUUUCACUACCGCACAACCAAGUGUGAUGAUGAGAAGACACUUCUGGACGACAGCAGAAAGCAUAGCAAGCCUAUGGAGCUGAUUGUUGGUAAAAAGUUCAAACUCGAAGUUUGGGAGACUUGUCUAGUCACCAUGAGACAGAAGGAGGUGGCUGAGUUCGGAGUGACCACAGCUCAUGCUGCCUCUUACCCGUUAGUGGCAAAGAGUUUACGGGAUAUUUUUGAGAAGAAUGGUGCUCACUCAAACACACCAAAGCACUGUUGUGGUAUGAUGGCUAUGUCUGAAGAAGGAGUAGGCUACCCAGACCUCAAUGAACUCAUGAAGACGCCACAGCCCCUCAUGUUUACCCUAGAAUUGCUAAAAGUGGAAAAUCCAGGAGAAUAUGAAAAAGAAUCCUGGGUUAUGACAGAGGAUGAGAAGUUGAAGGCUAUUCCAAAUCUGAAGGAAGAGGGUAACGCCUACUAUAAACAAAAACAGUAUACCGAGGCCGCUGAGAAGUAUGGGGAGGCUCUCGGUAUGCUGGAACAGCUGGUGCUCAAGGAGAAGCCAGGUGAAAAGGAAUGGGAUGAAUUAGAAGACAAGAAGACUCCAUUUUUAUUGAACUUUGCUCAAUGUAAACUCCUGCUAAAUGAGUUUUACCCUGUCAUAGAACACACCACCACUGUCCUCGCACGCGAUCCAGAUAACGUGAAGGCUCUGUUUCGGCGAGCGAAGGCACAUGUUGGAGCUUGGAACCCUAAGGACGCGAAGAUUGACUUUGAACGGGUCAUGGAGUUAGAUGACACAUUAACAGCUGCAGUACAAAAGGAAUUGAAGUCAUUAGCAGAAAAGGAACAUCAGAAAGAUAUGGAGGACAAACAAAAAUUGAAAAAGUUGUUUAGUUGAUAAUAUGCCAAUGGUGUUUUAUAGUAAUUUUAAUAUUUAACACAUUAUAUUUUACAUGUAACCGGAAAGAUCUGUUUUGUACAAAUUGUCCUGAAACUUUAAACAAAGCAAAGAUCUUCUGUAAAAUGUACUGUAACUCUUCAAAGUUAGAAUCUUACAACAUUGAUGAUAUAUUUUCACAUUUAAACACCACCACAUGGCGUAAACUAUCAAAGUGUGCCAAAUUUAUUACUUUGAGCUUUUAAAUAUGUUUUUUUUCAGAAAUUCUGUCAAUAGCCAUGAUUGGAACAGAUAUUCUGGGCUGUUUUUGUCAAUAGAUUUAACCUUUUUUUCUCAAAUGUUUGAGCAACUCUCCAAGUACUCUAUUUUCACUUUAACAUUAUUGAUAUGUUACCCCCUUUUUUAAUUUCGAGUUUUUCCUUUCAUUUUUAUCUGUCUGUCCAAAGCACUUGUCCGGAUAAUAACUGAAAAAUGGGUGAUUGUACAGUUCAAAGUUCAAACUUAGUGUGUGGGUUUCCCUAGUGGAUGCAAACAACCCUAUUCCGUCUUUGCGUAUUGCAGAGUUAUCUUCU